UUUUUUUUUUUUUUUUUUUUUUGUUUGAUGAUCAGAUCAACUCAUAUAUAUACAUGUUUAUUAUAUAUAUAUAUUGUUUAGAUGACUUCAACAAUUCCUUUUCCUUUACGAGAACCACAACAAAAUGAUACACCUCAAGCUUUUCAACCCAACUUGAAUGUGAACUUGAUAUGUCCAGAUUGUCGUGUGACUCCUCCUCAAAUUGUAGAAGAAUUUGCUUCUGGUGAUCUUGUCUGUGGUGAUUGUGGUUUAGUACUUGGUGAUCGUAUUAUUGAUACUCGGUCUGAAUGGAGAACAUUUGCUAAUGAUGAAGGAGAUGAUCCAUCUCGUGUUGGUGCUGCGGCAAAUCCAUUGUUGGACGGAAAUCAAUUAGAUACAGUUAUAUCAAGAAGGGAUGGUGGAACAGGGGCAGCAAAGGAUUUGAACAAAGUACAUGGUCGAGCUACAGCAAUGAAAGGUGAACGCAAUUUAGUUCAAUCUUACAAAGAUAUCGGUGCAAUGUGUGAUUCCAUCUCCUUAUCCAAGAUCGUUAGUGAUACUGCCAAACAAUUAUACAAACGGGUGGAAGAUGAAAAGUUAUUACGAGGAAAAUCAAGUGAUGCCAUCAUUGCUGCCUGUAUCUUUAUUGCUUGUCGACAAGAAAAAGUGGGACGUACAUUCCGUGAAAUUUGUGCGUUGACUAGGGUACCCAAGAAGGAAAUUGGUCGUUGUUACAAGUCUCUUCAAGCUAAAUUACAAACGAAUACAAGUAUCAUGAAUUCUGAAGAUUUAAUGUCUCGGUUUUGCUCCAAUCUAUUACUUCCUAAACAUGUACAAAAGGCUGGUGUGGAUCUGGUGAAGCGUGCAAAAGAAUUGGGUACUCUUGCUGGCAAAUCUCCCAUCUCCGUUGCUGCUGCUUGUAUUUAUUUGGUAUCUUAUCUCUAUAGAGUUCCCAAGACAACAAGAGAUAUUGCUCAUGUAGCUGGUGUAUCUGAAGUAACUAUCAAGAGUGCUUACAAAUCCCUUUAUGCUGAACGUGAAAACCUGAUCGAUAUUGAAGCUCUCCGGGCGAAACCUAGUGGUGAUGGUUUAAGCUUUGAAGAUUUGGCUUUACCUUAG